UCCAUAAGCAGGUCUCUCUCUCCCCGCUUUUUCCUAUUGUUGCAAGCAAGCGAACAUCUUCAUUACUCCAUAGCACAGAUUUACAGAUUCUCUCCUACAAUACUAGUCAUCAGCAAAGAUUUAAAUCCUCACAGGAUGGAAUGGACUUGGGCACCAAUGAAUGACAGUGGAUCAUCACCACUUUCGGAGAAGAUGGAACGGACUUGGGCAUCUAUAGUUGGUAUUGAACCAUCACAUCAAGAAAGGAUGGAAUGGACUUGGGAACCAAUGACUGGAAGUGAACCACCACCUCCAGAUAUGGUGGAAUGGACUUGGGCAUCAAUCCCUGGCAUUGGAUCAUCACCUCCAGAAAGGAUGGAAUGCAAUUGGGCACCAAUGGAUGGCAGCAUGCCACCACCAUAUUUAGAAAGAGAAAGGGCUCCACAAGGAAAGGGUGAGCGUCAUGGGAAGCUGUCAGAAUCCAUCAUACAGGACUGUGGUCUUAGAGAUAAUACAAAACCUCCAAAAUCCCUUAGUAGUAUCUACAGAAUACCAAAGGCGCUUGUCAAGAUCAAUGAAAAGGUGUAUGUGCCUCAGAUAGUUUCCAUUGGCCCCUUUUAUUAUACAAUAAAACAUGAUACCAGAAAACAGAAAAACAAAUAUCUCAGAUACUUUCUGCGCCGUAAUCCCAACUGCAGCUGGGAAACAACCUUGGAUAGCUGCGUCGAAGCCUUGAAAGAAGAAGAAAAAAAGGCUCGAAGGUGGUAUUCCGAAGAGAUAGAAUCCAUCAAUAGUAAUGAGUUUGUGACAAUGAUGUUAGUGGAUGGUUGCUUCAUUCUCGAGUUGUUAUGUAGAAUGUAUGAGAAAAACAACCCACAACCAGCUGUGAUCGGCAACAAAACCCAGGACAACAACGAUGAUGAAGAGGGCCCAGUAUCCAAGAAGAUGCUCCCAAGAAUACGACACGACAUGUUAUUACUUCAAAACCAACUUCCCUUAUUUAUCCUUGACCGAUUAUUUGAGAAAACCAUUAUCCACAUCUCACCAAUACCCCUCAAUGAACUUGUCUUUCAUUUCUUUCGAGACAUAACUCCGAUCCAUGUCCAUGACUUACGAGACAAACCCAAGCAUAUACUCCAUUUAUUGCGCCAAUUUAUGCGUGCUUCAUCGAAAUUGGAAAUCACAGGGAAGAGUAGUGAAGAGGCCAAAUUAAGUAAUUAUUCUGUGACACAACUCAAAGAAGCCGGAGUCAAGUUCUUGAAGAAGGAGAACACUGAUAGCUUCUUAGAUAUAAGCUUCAGAAAUGGUGUAUUAGAAAUCCCCAAAAUACAUGUUCAGAACUACACAGAAUGCCUACUUAAAAAUUUGAUUGCAUUUGAGCAGUAUUUCCCUAAAUGUAGUGGUCGGAUCACGUCUUAUGCCUUCCUCAUGGAUAGCCUCAUCAACACUCCAGAGGAUGUCCAGUACCUCUACAAGAAAGGAAUAAUCACGCAUGGCUUGGGCAACCAUGAAGAAGUAUCAGAUCUGUUCAACGAUCUUAGAAAAGGAGCUUUCCUCCACCACUUCUAUUAUGAAGACGUCUGCACGGAUCUUAAUAACCAUUUUGACAAGCGUUGGAAAGUCUGGGGAGCAAUUUUCAAGCGCGAACGUUUAAAAAAUCCGUGGACGAUUGUUUCACUCAUUGUUGCAACUUUAUUUUUUGUUCUCACCUUUUCAUCGUCCUUGUUUUCUGUGCUUUCUUUCUUUGUCCAUGGUUCUUGACCUACUAUAGCCACUACUCUGGUUGAAUAGCUCAGUCAGCUGGGUGUCUAUCCACGCAUAAUUACAUGCAAGUCGAUGAUCAUCGAUCUACAACCCUUUCAACGGUGGCGCACAGUGAAACGGCAACCUUUCAAAUUCUGCAUCGAUUCAAGUCUUUAUAUGUCUAUUGUUAAUUAACAUUUGUGUGUUUUAUCUCUACUGUAUUGAUGAAUUGCCAUGACUUUGUUCAUUUUAUUGGUUGUGUUUGUCUUGGUCUCUCAGAAAUGCAUC